CCGUCCCCUCCAAUUCAAACGCUCUCUCAACACUCGUUUUGUUCUAACAUUUUUCUCUGCAGACGCAACAAACCCUAACCCUAAUUCGCCGCAAGAACUCAGCUUUUCCGGUAGUCUCCAGCUGAGUUAAGUAGCAAAAAAUGGGAGAGAACAAGGAGAACGAUGCUUACGAGGAAGAGCUUCUCGACUACGAAGAAGAUGAUGAGAAGGCCCCCGAUUUAGUCAACGGAAAAGUUAACGGCGAGUCCGCCAAGAAGGGUUAUGUUGGAAUUCACAGCUCCGGAUUCAGAGACUUUCUUUUAAAGCCAGAGCUACUGAGGGCUAUUGUGGAUUCAGGGUUUGAGCAUCCCUCUGAAGGUAAAUUAUUACUAUCACUACUAUUUUGGAGAAGUGUACAGUGGUAAACUUUUUUAAACUGAAACUGAGUCCUUGGCUCCACUCUAUUUGGUUCUCUUCAUCAGUGCAACAUGAGUGUAUUCCACAAGCUAUUCUGGGUAUGGAUGUUAUUUGUCAAGCCAAAUCUGGAAUGGGCAAAACGGCUGUUUUUGUUCUUUCGACUCUGCAACAAGUUGAACCUGUUGCUGGUCAGGUUGCUGCCUUGGUUCUAUGUCAUACAAGGGAAUUAGCUUAUCAGAUCUGUCAUGAAUUCGAACGGUUCAGCACAUAUUUGCCCGAUAUCAAGGUUGCUGUUUUCUAUGGUGGUGUAAACAUCAAACUUCACAAGGAGCUUCUGAAGAAUGAAUGCCCUCACAUUGUUGUUGGAACUCCUGGGAGAGUACUUUCAUUGGCUAGAGAUAAGGACCUAUCUCUGAGGAAUGUGAGGCAUUUUGUUCUGGAUGAAUGCGAUAAGAUGCUUGAAUCACUUGACAUGAGGAGAGAUGUGCAGGAAAUUUUCAAGAUGACUCCCCAUGACAAGCAAGUAAUGAUGUUUUCAGCAACACUCAGCAAGGAGAUCCGCCCAGUUUGCAAAAAAUUUAUGCAAGAUCCUAUGGAAAUUUAUGUUGACGAUGAGGCCAAGUUGACCCUUCAUGGACUUGUACAGCACUACAUUAAAUUGAGCGAAACCGAGAAAAACCGGAAACUAAAUGAUCUGCUGGACGCCUUGGACUUCAACCAAGUUGUUAUAUUUGUCAAGAGUGUAAGUAGGGCUGCACAGCUGGAUAAAUUACUAGUGGAGUGUAAUUUUCCAUCUAUCUGCAUCCACUCUGGCAUGACUCAGGAAGAAAGAUUGACUCGCUACAAGGGUUUCAAGGAGGGUCACAAGAGAAUUCUCGUCGCAACUGAUCUGGUUGGUAGGGGCAUUGACAUCGAAAGGGUCAACAUUGUUAUUAACUAUGACAUGCCGGAUUCUGCAGACACUUAUCUUCACAGAGUGGGUAGAGCUGGUAGGUUUGGAACUAAAGGCCUUGCCAUCACAUUUGUGUCUUCUGCAUCAGAUUCUGAUGUUCUAAAUCAGGUUCAAGAAAGGUUUGAAGUAGACAUAAAAGAGCUUCCUGAGCAGAUUGAUACUUCUACAUACAUGCCAUCUUAGUGAUCUCGAGAGCUUCCAGCAAAUAUCAAGUCAUUUCGGCUAAAAGAUGGGGGGAACUGACAGGUGUUUUGCUAUUGUUCAUCGACCAUGUUGACUUUUGGACCAGUUAUUUGAAGAAUUGGUGGCCUCCUACUAUAUGCUUUGGCACUGCUGAGCUGCUGUACCCUUGUUGAACUACUCUUUUCUUGUCAGUUAAGAGAAGCACUACAAUGUGUCUGUUUUUAUUUUUUUAAGCGCUAUAACUUUCUCCCAAUGAAUUUUAUUAUGCUUAGUUGCUGAAUCAUAUUAAUGUUAGCUGGUACUUCAACAUGCAUAAUAUUUGGUUAAUUUGUGUUUCUGGAGCUA